UUGCUGCAAUAAUUAACUCAGCCUUGUGUGUGUAUAUAUAGAUCCCCAUACAACAGCCUCCACUAGUCCGAAACCACCGAACAUUAUUUUGUGCUGUCCAAAUUCGUGUGUGUCCAAUGGAAGAGCACAUUUCAAAGCAAAAUGAGCCCCUUCUUUCACCUACAGAAAUCACAGAUGAUCUUAAUAAUAAUUACUAUCUAACCAGAUUAUCACAUACUAAUUCUUUUGCUUCUUCCUUUGUUGCCGAUGCUGAUGAUAUUCCUCCUAUUACUGGAAUUCAAGAUUUCUUUAGAGAGUUUACUAUUGAAUCUAAAAAGUUAUGGUACCUUGCUGGUCCUGCUAUUUUCACCUCACUUUGUCAAUAUUCUCUUGGUGCUGUUACCCAAACACUUGCGGGACAUGUCGGUACACUUGAACUUGCUGCUGUUUCUGUUGAAAAUUCAGUCAUCGCCGGUUUCUCUUUUGGUGUUAUGUUGGGAAUGGGAAGUGCACUAGAAACACUAUGUGGACAAGCAUUUGGAGCAGGACAAAUAGACAUGCUAGGAGUAUACAUGCAAAGGUCAUGGGUUAUUCUCAAUGCAACAGCAAUAAUCCUGAUGUUACUCUACAUUUUUGCGGCGCAAUUUCUGAGAUUGAUUGGACAAACAGAGGACAUAUCACGAGAAGCAGGGAAGAUGGCUUUUUAUAUGAUUCCUCAGUUAUUUGCAUAUGCCAUGAAUUUUCCAAUAGCCAAGUUCUUGCAGUCACAGAGCAAGAUGAUGGUGAUGGCAUGGAUUGCAGCAAUAGCUUUGGUUCUGCAUACAUUUUUCAGCUGGUUGCUUAUGUUGAAAUUAGAGUGGGGGCUCGUUGGUGCGGCCGUGGUGCUGAACUCAUCGUGGUGGUUCAUAGUGGUGGCGCAAUUGCUAUAUAUAUUUAGUGGGACUUGUGGACAAGCAUGGUCAGGUUUCUCCUGGAAGGCUUUCCAUAAUCUAUGGGGCUUUGUUAGGCUAUCUCUUGCCUCUGCUGUCAUGCUAUGCUUGGAGGUUUGGUACUUUAUGGCGUUAGUCCUCUUUGCGGGUUAUUUAAAGAACGCAGAAGUCGCUGUUGAUGCCUUGUCUAUUUGCAUGAACAUACUGGGAUGGGCCGUGAUGGCAGCUAUUGGAUGCAAUGCCGCUAUAAGCGUGCGAGUGUCAAAUGAACUCGGGGCAGCUCAUCCAAGAACGGCAAAAUUUUCAGUGGUGGUGGUUGUGAUUUCUUCAUUCUUGAUCGGCCUUUUCUUAUCGGGUUUUCUACUAGUCUUUCGAAGGCAAUACCCUAACUUAUUCGCGGAGAGUGAAUCAGUGAAGCGUCUUGUUUAUGAGUUGACACCAUUACUAGCAUUUUGCAUGGUGAUUAACAAUAUUCAGCCAGCUCUAUCUGGUGUAGCUAUUGGAGCAGGAUGGCAAACUUUGGUUGCUUAUGUCAAUAUUGCUUGUUACUAUUUAUUUGGCAUUCCAUUGGGUUUAAUUCUUGGCUAUAAGCUCAACCUUGGUGUCCAAGGUAUUUGGUAUGGAAUGGUUACUGGAACUGUGAUUCAAACAUUCGCCCUGUUUUGGAUAGUUUACAAAACCAACUGGAACAAAGAGGCUUCUAUUGCAGCAGCAAGGAUUAAAAUGUGGGGAGGAGAACCUGAAGAUGGUAAAGCAAAUGAUGUAGAUAAAUAAAUUUUUGACUUGGAGUCAUUGUGUUAAUCCAUAAAUAUAUGUGAUAAAAUUUUGGAAAUUUGAGUUUGCUUUUGCAUUAUUCAAUGAAACGUUGCUCGGUAAUAUUGAGCAUCGUAAGGUAUUUUGGCAAA